AUGACGAAUGAGUGGCAAGUUGGAUCCAUUGCCCGCGUCAAACGACCUUCUCACCCAAAAGCAUUUGGUAAGGCCAUGAUUGCCAUGAUGGAUAGCAGCAACGAUGCAGUCAGCAUCCUGUGGGAACCGGCAUCACCUCAACCACUAAUAACGACAGAUUCUUCUGCUUCGGCCAAUCGCUUUUUGGUGGCACCGAGGAUAUCCACCAAGAGUGGUCAAAAGAGUAGCAAUAAUGAUAACGACGAUGACGAAGACGAGACAACCGUGCCUCUGAACGAGCUUCUUCCCUUGAUGGAGUUUGAAACUAGUAGUCCAGAAACAAGCAAUGACAUUGGUGUGCUGAAAGAACACGGGGAUGCACUGUUACGAGCGGGCGAUGCUUCUGCAGCAGUUGCCUACUAUGAGGCAGCCUUGUCUCGUUCGUGCCAAGACGUCAUGAGGUCUCCGUCCAUUGGCAGCUCGAUUAUUCUCAAGACCAAAGGUGGAUACCUCAAGGUUGCCGAAAUUGACUGUGUGGAAAAAGGUGACAUUGCGGGUUCCUUUUCUUUGGAUGUGGCUUUUGUGGAAUCGGGAGAGGAAAUGGAAGUUUCGAAUUCAACCGUAGUCCUUGGCAUAUUGAUGAAGGAUGGAGAAGCACGACUACAAGAGCGCAUACUAUUGAAUCUUUCCAGAUGUCUUCACCAACUGGCGGAUAUUGAUGAGCCCAAACAUCGAUCAGCCUAUCUGAAGGGUGCCAUAUUGGCUUGUAGUCUGGCAAUGGUAUUGGCGGAAUUCCAUGGCGGUGCCGAGGAUGAUAACGAGGCCAUUGCAAAGAGCAAAGGAACAUUACAAAGUGCCUUGCAUCUUCGAGCCAAAGCAUACAUUCUUCUUUCCAAAUGGCCUCAUGCCAAGCAAGACGCCAAACGGCUGAUACAGCAGGGCAAAGAACAACAGGGCACGAGUCUGCUUGACAAUAUUGAGAAACGAAAGCAAGUACAGGUGAAACGAGACAAAAAGUUGGCGAAAGCAGUUGCCAAGUUGGUUCAAAAUGUGACAGCUGAUGGCGAGAGGGCGUCGUCUUUGGAUGGCGAAUCAAGGUCUGAUGGGCGGUCUCUUUUCUAG